CAACCACGAAUGUCUGGUCACUGUAAUAUCAUUAUUUCCAGUUGUGAUGUUUAUAGAUCGAAAUGUCAUUGUGAGAGCUAUAUUCUGGAAAGUAGAUAAUUCACUUAUAUAAAGCAAAUGUUGUUUCUUGAGAGAAAAAAAUAUAUUAUUUUUAGGGUUCAGUAGGACUUUUACUUGACGAGAAACAUUCCUUUUCGCCAUUUCUUUUUUGAUAUAAUGUUGUAUUGCAGAAAAUUCAACAUGGUUUAACGUACCCCUGAACUCAACUUGCAAGAAUAUUAAGCUGCAUACAUAGGGAUAACAAACGACCAACAAUGGAUUAAUCGAGAGGGGAGCAAGCCCGGAGGAUAGGGGCCUUAUUUCUACCAUGGCCUCAGAACUCCACGAGACGAUAUUUAUGGCAAAGCAGGAACGCCACAAGAAUUUGUUUCUGAAUUACAGAAAUCUGAACAACUUUCCUGUAGAGCUCUUGAAGGAUGAAGGACUGCAGUUUUUGGAAAGACUUUAUAUGAAGAGGAACUCCCUUAGAAGUUUGCCUGACAAUCUUGCACAAAAGCUUCCAAACCUGAUCGAACUGUAUUUGCACUCAAAUAAUAUCGCCAUUAUUCCUGAAGCUAUUGGCAAUUUAGCCAAGCUACAGUCCCUGGAUUUGAGUGACAAUGCCCUGCAGAUCAUCUGUCCUGAGAUUGGUCGGCUGAGGUCUUUACGGCACUUGCGAUUGGCCAACAACCAGUUGAAGUUCCUCCCUCAGGAGAUCGGGGAGCUGCGUGAGCUGGAGACUCUGGACGUGUCCAUGAACCUGCUGAGCUCUCUGCCCGAGCGGCUGCACCAGUGCCUGUCCUUGCAGUGCCUGACGGCCGACCGCAACAACCUGCGCUGCUUCCCGCGCCAGCUCUGCCAGCUGCACAGCCUUAACGAGCUGUCCAUGGCCGCCAACUGCCUGGCCUCGCUGCCCCUUGAUCUUGGGCGUUCGCGGGAGCUGCAGUUUGUCUACGUGGACAACAACAUUCACCUGAAAGGCCUUCCAUCCUACCUGUACAACAAAGUGAUCGGCUGCAGUGGGUGUGGGCUGUCAUCUCAGGUAUCUGACAUGAAGCUGCUCACCUUGGCCCUGGGGGGGAUGACGGUGACCCUGCCUGCUGAGGUGAAGGCCAUCGGCUCGGAGCUGGAUAAGGUGGUGCCCCUGGAGGAGCUUGCCAUGAGGGCCCUGCACAGCAUGUACAACGGCCCCCCAAAAGGUGUGAAGAUCCUGCCUCCCAUCCUGUUGCCUAAGAGCCUGCUGGACCUCCUGCAGUGCCCGUUGGGACACUGCCACCGCUGCAGCCAGCCCAUGUUUACCAUCGUCUACCCCAAGCUUUUCCCCCUGCGAGAGACAGCUCUGGCGGGAGUCCACAGGAGAACCACAGUGAGUUUUGUGGCAUAUUGCUGCUCCAGUCUGUGUUUGAGGACAUUUGACCUGCAGGGAUGACAACUGUAGGUGCGGAUCCCUCCUUCCCUCCCUCCCUCCCUCCCUCCCUCACCUAAAACAGCACUGAAGGCUGCCUUCACCCACAUGAAGGAAAAGGAGGAUAUUUCUUUCUCCCUCUCUAUGGCUGCUACAGCUAAACAGACAAACGGUGCAGGUGCUCCACUUCUCUCGUACCACAAACCACUUAUGAAGGAGAAAGCCACAGUAGAGAGACGGACAUGGGGCCAAGCUUGGCAAUGAUUGUCCCCCCUCCUCCAUAACUCACACGUCCCCAAUUGGUCACCUGUGAUGGAGUUUGAUGUUAACCUGAUCAGAAAUGACAGUGGAAUAAGCAGAACAUGCUGGAAUGUUCUACACAUAAUCAAUAUUACAUUAUCCAGUAAAUUAGCAAUGUGUCGAUCCUCGCCAGUGAAUACCACACGUCAAACUACAAGCGAAUGAAGAAAUCUUCUUUCUCAUCUGAGAGAGAAAACAAAAUCUACUCCUAGUCCUUUUGAAAUGUGUACCUGGCUUUAAUGUCACAUGGUGGCAAAGAGAACUCAAACAAAUGUAUAUUUUGGUCUACGAAAGCAUAUCAAUUAUCAGUUUUGUCAUAGUGGGGGAAAAAAUGAUUUUAAAAGGUUUGGGCCCAACUACUGCUUUGGAAAUUGGUAUUUUUGAGACUGGAGUAAAUAACAUCAGAUGGAUAUAUCUUAAUAUCCACAAGAAAGUGCAUUUAUACAUCUUAAAUUUUUUUUUUUAAAAAUCCCCAAAAAAACAACCUUGGUGUCAAGGUCGGUGUAGAGAAACAAGGCAGCCGUGGGGUUAUGGUGCUGUGUGACUGUGUUCAGAUGACUUCGGGAGUGGGCCCCAAGCUCACGUGCAUUACAUUGUACACUAUCUAGUUUCUGUGGUUUCUCUGAUGUGUUCUGAAGUUUGCACUUCAAUGAAACUCCCAGCUGGCUUUGUGAGAUUUGUUCCAAAACAGUGAGCCAUGGAUCUCCAUGUUUGCAUACACACACACAGUCACACUCAAAAGAAAAAAAAGCUUGGUGUUGGCCUGAUAAUUAAGGCUCUUUCAGUGACUGCGUCGUCAGAUCCCUUGAAUGAAGGCCAGAGUGAACAGAUUGUGAAGUUCGAAAACCUGCGAAACCAACAUACCGGCUCAAACAUUAACUGGAAGAAUUAUGAGUGUGGAUCAUAUGAAGGCAUUUGCCGCUUGAAUCUCAGUACACUGACUGAAAGGUGAACCAGAUGAUCAGAUUUGUUUUGCACAGCUCUUAACAGUGGCACUUAAAGCCUACUAGGUGGUUAAAGCUAAUGUCUCAUUUGCCAAGAAAGGGGAGUUAGUUCAUGGGGUUUGGUCACAUAGAUGACAGCAUUUCGUUCAGUAGAAUAUGAAUUAAGGGGGUGUGAACUGAAGAGCUGGGAUUUUUAAGCAGUUUUUCAUUUUAACUGAUUUUUGUACAUGUGUUUUUCCUCUGUAAGAAAAUCUAAUUUAUGAAUAAUUGCUUUUAUUUGAAUGUCUUGGCAUUUGGCAAUAAUCAUUCUAAAUGUU